GCCCCCCAGAGCGAGGUUUUCCAGAGGGAUGACGUCACGCUCGCGAGCAGCAGCAACAGGCUGAGAGCCGAAUAUCGCAAAGAAGAUAAAACACACUGAACUGUAGUAAGAAUCACGUCUGCGCGAGCUUGUUCUGUCAUCUGAGCAUGUGAGUGCUCUUGUGGUAAGGUUUAACAGAGCAAUCAUCGAUAUUCGUGAGCUGUCGUCCAAAGAAAAACUCUCGCGGAAGAAAAGUUUGGGAAGGCCUCUGACGUCACGCCUCUCGGGACUCUUUCGUCUCAAACCGGACGGGACGGUUUUCUUCGCAUAUAACUGAACUUUUAACUUGAUUAAAGCUGUAAACGGUCAUACAGUCCGAUCCGGAGUGAAGACUCGGUGGAAAAACAUCCUCAGCGCGAAAAUGAUGCCGAUGUUCCUGACUGUGUACCUCAGUAACAAUGACCAGCAUUUCACAGAGGUGCCCAUCACGCCCGAGACGGUGUGUGGAGACGUGCUGGAGCUGUGUAAGGAGCCGGCCGAGGCCAGCUGUCACCUGGCUGAAGUGUGGAGAGGCUCAGAGCGAGCGGUAGGCGAGAGCGAGAAGAUGAUGGAUCUGCUGCUGCAGUGGGGGCAGAAGAGGCCUGAGGUUCGGUUCUUUCUGCGUCGAGGCAGAGCACCCAACCUGCUGACAGACUCCAGGACCUGGAAUCAGAAGAGGAAUGGCGUCAAGAAGCCCACAGACAGACGGCAGGAGAAUGGAGUGAGCAGCCCGUGGAGGGACAUGACUCUAGCAGAGCUGCAGGAAAUGUCUGCCAGACAGCAGCGUCAGAUUGACACCCAGCAGCAGCUCCUGGCCUCCCAGGAGCAGCGCUUGCAUUUCCUGAAGCAGCAGGACCACAGGCAACUGCAGACGUCCUCGGAGCAGAAGAAACUGCAGCAUCUGAGGGACACGGUGGGGAAACAGGAGGCGCAGCUGAAGACGGUGCGAGAUCUGAAGGGACAGGUGGAGCAGAAACGCCUUAGCAAUGGCAAACUCGUUGAGCAGGUGGAACAGAUGAACAGUAUGCUCCUUCAGAAGCAGAAGGAGCUGGUAGUCGCCAUGUCCAAAGUGGAAGACCUGAGCAAACAGCUGGAGACCCUAAAAAACGGCCAGCUGGAUGCGCUUCACAGUAACCACAGCUCUGUGGCCGAGCUGGACAGACUCUGCAGGGAACUACAGAUGAGGAAGAACAUCAACCUGGAGCAGAGCGCUAAACUGCAGCAGCAGAGAGAGAACCUAAACAAGAGGAACCAGGAGGUGGCCAGCAUGGACAGACGAGUCAGUGAGCUGCGAGAUCGUCUGUGGAAGAAGAAAGCUGCCCUACAGCAGAAAGAGAACCUUCCUGUCAGCUUGCCUUCAGAUGCCCAGACAGUGCAGCAGACAGGACCGUCCCGUGUGGCUGCUGUGGGCCCUUACAUCCAGUCCUCUACGAUGCCCAGGGGCCCCGCUAAACAGGACCUGCUCAUUAAACACGCUUACCCAGACGGCACAGCAACUGUACCGCAUCAGGACAAGAGCACUCACCCGGACUCAGGCAAGGUGUCCUCAAAGAUGUCUAACUGGAGUUCAGCCGCUACGAAGAUGGGCAGUAAUCUUGGGUCAUCCAGUCUGCCCCGCAUGGUGACCCAGGCAUCUAAAAACCAAGAUAACACAGACGUGUUGAAGCGGGACCCCAGGGUGCGUCCGGCCUCCAUGUUUGAGUCCAUUGAUCCACCGGCAGCUUCUUUACGGAAGAACCAGAGCAGCGAGGACCUUGCGCGAGAUGCCCAGAGUGCUGUCAAGAACACCGUCAAGGUUCCUCCUCCAGUUCCCACUAAACCGAAACAAGCCAACCUUCCCUCUGGUGGCCCGAUGGGAUACAGCAAGAUGACCGGCACCUUCCCUGGGAAGAGUAAGUCUUCCGCUCAGCAGCCGCCCGCUGGCAUCCAGUCUGGUGGUACUUUACCCCUGCCCUCCAAACUGGAGGCUCCCCCGGCUGCCACAGUACACCCCUUCAGCCCCGAGCCUCCUGGAGCCAAAGACUCCAGCGGGCAGCUCCUGCACAAGCCCCAGAUGCUGACCACCAGCUCCAUCUACUCCAUGUACACGCAGCCGCAGGGCAUUCAGGGAACGCUGAGCCGAGCCCAGAACCGCAACAGCAACUUCAUCAGCGUUUAUGGGAAGCCAGUGACCCCCGCAGGCCAGCACCCAGAGAACCCGUACCUGGACUCGUCCAGUGGCCCCGAAGCAGAGAAGGAACCCAGCGCCGGAGCAUCUGAGAGCGAGCGGAUCCCCAGACCUCUGAGUCCCACCAAACUGCUGCCCUUCAUCUCCAACCCCUGGCACCAGAGCGACGUCGACCUCGAGGCCCUCAGGAAGAAGCUCUACAACGCACCCAGACCCCUGAAGAAACGCAGCUCCAUCACGGAGCCCGAGGGCCCGGGUGGCCCCAACAUCCAGAAGCUGCUGUACCAGAAGACGACUCUGGCGGCGAUGGAGACCGCGGUGACUCCUCCAGGAGAAGAGGAGAAGGAGACCCCCGCAGAUGCUCAGAGAGCAGAUGAAGCUUCGCUGGAGGAAGCAGAGCAGGCUGUUCCUGAGCCGGCGGAGUCCACAGCCGCUCCAGACACUGAAGGAGAGGACAUGCCUCCUCCACCUCCUCCGCACCCGGCCCCGCUCUUACCUCCACCGCCCCAGCCUGACAGCCCUCCUCCUCCACCUCCUCCUGACAGCUUCCUGGAGGACUUCCCUCCGUAUCCUCCUCCUCCGUAUCCCAGCGGUGCUGAGCACGAGGCUCCAGAAGACACCUUCAGCAUGAAGCCACCGGAGGUCACCGGACAGGUUCCCUCUCCACCGGGUAAGAGGACGAAUCUGCGUAAGGCCGGGUCCGAGCGCAUCGAUCACAGCAUGAGAGUGCGCUUCAAUCCUCUGGCUCUGUUACUGGACUCAUCGCUGGAGGGAGAGUUGGAUCUGGUGCAGUGGGUCAUUUACGAGGUUGAGGAUCCCAGUCAGCCUAACGAUGAGGGAAUCACAGCGCUGCAUAACGCAGUGUGUGCCGGCCACACAGACAUCGUGAAGUUCCUGGUGCAGUUUGGAGUCAAUGUGAACGCCGCUGACAGUGACGGAUGGACGCCCCUGCACUGCGCCGCAUCCUGUAAUAACGUGCAGGUGUGUAAGUUCCUGGUGGAGUCGGGGGCGGCCGUGUUUGCCAUGACCUACAGCGACAUGCAGACGGCAGCGGAUAAGUGUGAGGAGAUGGAGGAGGGAUACACUCAGUGCUCUCAGUUCCUCUACGGCGUCCAGGAGAAGAUGGGCAUCAUGAACCGCGGGGUGGUGUACGGCCUGUGGGACUACGAGAGCGAGCAGGACGACGAGCUGUCCUUCAGAGAGGGCGACUGCAUGACGGUGCUGCGGCGGGAGGACGAGGACGAGACAGAGUGGUGGUGGGUGCGCUCGGCCAGCGGAGAGGGCUACGUCCCCCGAAACCUGCUGGGGUUGUACCCAAGAAUUAAACCCCGUCAGCGGAGUCUGGCUUAAGUCCUUCAGAGAGAAGAGCAAAGACUGAGUCAACACCACUAGUUGACCUCCUCACGACGGAUGCAGGACCCUCUACUUGUUUGUCCCUUCUGUGUUGUAGUUGUUUUUUUGGAUGUUACUGUUGAUAUGUUACAGUGACGGUCACUCUGUCUUUUUUUAUUCCACAAAACAAUUGCAUAGAAAUGAAGUGUUUCAAUUGUACUUUAUAUUUGUAUAUCAAGAUUUUUUUCACUGCAAUUUUUUAUUUUUAUUUUUUAUUGUGGACUGUGUUUAGUAUCACAGGUAUUUUGCAUACGGUGUUCUUUCAGUGCUUUAUUGAAAGGUUAGUGAAAGGAAAUGAAUUAUGUUGGAAACAGAACUUCUGAAUCUGGUUCAAUAUUUUUACUCGUGAGCACAAAGUAUAAUGAAGUAGUUGUACAGUGGUAGUAAACUGGGUUAAGUACAGUGAGUUUUACUAGAUUUGCAGUAGGUGUCCAGCAGCAAUCUCUCGCUUCAUCUCAACUUCAGCCGCAUAAAAUGGUGAUGUUCAUAUUGAAAGAACAGCUUUUAUUAUACACUACAAAUACAACCUGCAUUUUCGCAAUCCUCAUCCUUAUGGACAAAUCAGCUGCAGGUGAAAUGUAACCUGAUCAGAAAUAAUAAAAACACUGUGAACAGUU